AUGUCGCUGAUCCGCCGCAGCAACGUGUUCGACCCCUUCUCCCUCGACCUAUGGGACCCCUUCGAGGGCUUCCCCUUCGGUUCCAGCAGCAGCCGCAGCCUCGUCCCCUCGUUCCCGCGCACCAGCUCGGAGACCGCGGCAUUUGCCGGCGCGCGGAUCGACUGGAAGGAGACCCCCGAAGCGCACGUGUUCAAGGCGGACGUCCCGGGGCUGAAGAAGGAGGAGGUCAAGGUGGAGGUUGAGGACGGCAACGUCCUCCAGAUCAGCGGCGAGCGCAGCAAGGAGCACGAAGAGAAGAACGACAGGUGGCACCGGGUGGAGCGCAGCAGCGGCAAGUUCCUUCGCAGGUUCAGACUGCCGGAGAACGCCAAGACAGAGCAGAUCAAGGCGUCCAUGGAGAAUGGCGUGCUCACCGUCACCGUGCCCAAGGAGGAGGCCAAGAAGGCCGACAUCAAGAAUGUCCAGAUCACCGGCUAG